AUGAUUCCAAAUAAUAACAACAACUACAACAACCUACCAUCAUCAUCAUAUUACUCGACGACCACUAACCACUCGGAUCCAAAUUCAACAACCACAACCACAACAGCUAUUACAGAAACAACCACUGCCUCUUUAAAUUUUCAACAUCCUUGGUCUUCUGAUGAUUUUAAAAAUCAUUUACAAACAACGGGAGAGUUCAUUACUGAAUAUUAUGAAAAAUUAAUUCAUGCAUCAUCAUCAAAGGAUCAAUCCUUUCCGGUAUGCUCUCAAGUUCAACCAGGAUAUUUAGCCAAGUUGUUGCCAUCAGAGGCACCUUUGAAAGGAGAACAAUUUGAGGAUAUUUUGAAAGACAUUUCGGAAAAGAUUAUUCCUGGAGUUACACAUUGGCAACAUCCAAAUUUUUACUCGUUUUUUAGUGCCAACUUUUCUUACCCUGCUUUAAUUGGUGACAUGUUUUCUGGAAUGUUCAAUGUAAUUGGCUUCUCUUGGAUCACAUCGCCUGCAUGUACUGAGCUUGAAACUAUUGUCAUGGAUUGGCUUGCAAAAGCGUUACAUUUACCAAAAUUUUAUUUGAGUGAAACAACUGGAGGAGGAUCCAUUCAAGAUACUGCUUCUUCAGCAGGAAUUGUAGCUAUUUUAUCAGCUAAAGAGGCUAAACGUUCUCAACUCAAAUCUCAAUUAGGUCAAGAUCAAUUCAAUGAGGCUGAUUUUCAAUCUAAACUCGUUUGUUAUGUUUCAGAUCAAACUCACAGUUCCAUUCAAAAAGCAUGUAUGGUUACCGGUGUGCUACAUCUUCGAAAAAUUCCAUCUUUUCCUUCAACAUAUGACAUGAAUUACAAUGAACUAGAAAAAGCUAUCGAACAAGAUGAAAAGAAUGGCCUUAUUCCAUUUUUUGUCUGUGGAACCAUUGGAACUACAUCCUCCACAGCCAUUGAUGAUUUAUCGAAAAUUGGACCCAUUUGUAAACAACAUGGAAUUUUCCUUCAUGUGGAUGCUGCCUUUUUAGGAGCGACAUUGUUGUUGCCAGAAUGCAGAAACAAAUUUGUUGGAGAUGAAUGUGAAGCUUUGAAAUACAGCGACUCAUUCACAUUCAAUCCACACAAGUGGAUGUUAACAAAUUUUGAUUGUUGUGCGUUUUGGAUUAAGGAAAGAAAACAUUUAAAGAAUGCUCUUUCGAUUGAUCCAGAAUAUCUCAAAAAUAAGGCAUCAGCUACUGGCCUUGUUACAGAUUAUAGGGAUUGGCAAAUACCAUUGGGUAGAAGAUUUAGAUCGUUAAAGUUAUGGUUUGUGAUGCGAAUUUAUGGAAUUGAAGGACUUCAAAGCUAUUUGAGACAUCACAUUGAAUUAGCAAAAUAUUUUGAAAAUCAUAUCCAACAACAAGCGUCACGCUUCGAAAUUGUUGCUCCUCGAGUUGCAUCUCUAGUAUGUUUUCAUGCAAAAUUGUCCACCGAACACGAAAAAGAAUGGACGUUGCAAAAGGAAAAUCGUUUGAACGAAAUACUAGUAGAGAGAAUUAAUGCCAGUGGAUUAAUGUAUCUUAGCCACACAGUGCUCAGUGGAAAAUAUAGCUUGCGAAUGGCAAUAUGUGGCUCAUUUACCAAUUUUCAACAUGUUCAAUUUGCAAUUUCCACAAUCGAAGAUCAUUUGAGCAAGUUGUUGGAGUCUGUUAAAAACGGAAGUGUUGCAUUGUGA